AGUUGCUUCCAUUUCACUCACAGACAAAGCCAGCUCUGAUGACCAGACUCCGGAUAUGUUUACCAAAGAGUCUGUCACUGCAAAAUUCUAUUCUGUAUACAGCACAGACAAAACAGAACAUGUCACAUCCAUGACUAGAGAUUCUUCUCUGUUCAGCACUGAGCAACCAGGAAAAGUAUUGACAAUAAAGUCACAUAAAGUUGCAAUAUAUGAUACUGCAAGGACUGCUACAACUUCUGUUUCUUCUCUAUACAGCACAGAUAAACCAUCAAUUGCUUCCAUUUCAGAUUUAACCUCCACAGAUGAAGAACGCUCUGGUGACCAGACCCCUGAUAUGUUUACCAAAUACUCUGUAACUACAGUUUCUUCUCUGGAUAGCACUAAGAAACCUACCACCACGUCACAUGAAACUUCAACAGAAGAGAGUGAAAAGACUGCUACAACUACAGGAACUUCCAUGUUCAGCACUGACAAGCCAACACAAAUACUGACCACAGCUGAGACUGCAGGAUCUGCUCCAACUUCACCUUCUUCUCUGUGUAGCACUGAAAAAACAUCAGUUGAUUCCAUUUCAGAUUUAACCUCCAAGGAUGAAGAGCACUUUGGUGACCUUACCAUUGAUAUGUUUACGCAAGAGUCUGUCACUGCAACUGUUACUUCAAUAUACAGCACUGACAAAGCAGAACAAGUGACAACCACAGCACCGCCAUUUGUAAUGACCACAGGAGAGAGCGAAGUUACAGAGAAAACAUCAGGCUCAGAACAACUUGUUACUACCGCCACUUUCACACCAUCCACUUUGCCAUAUAUUGACAAAGUGUUGGACUAUUUACCUUCACCUGUUCAAACUACCACAAAACCUGAGGGAGAAGCUACCAUAUUCAGAGUUCUCCCUAACACAGAGACAAGCUUAGUAGUCUCCUCUACAGAUGAAGAAAGCUCAGGUGACCAGACCCAUGAUAUGUUUACCAAAGAGUCUGUCACUGCAACAUUGUCCUCUCUUGUCAGUACUGUCAAGACAGAACAAGUCAUGACCACACCAAUGUCAACAAUAAUGCAAGCUUCUCAGACUUCCAUAUCACCUCACUCUGACUACGCCACUCCCAAGACAACGGGUGUCGAUGACAUAUCAAAACGGAUGGCGUUCACAACCAAACAACAACCGUCAACUGAGAGAGACACAUUCAGCGAGGCAACAGGUCAAACAGAAUCCAUUGUGUCAAGCACACCAGGCCCAGAUGAGGAAGGUCAUAUCAGCCCUGACACAGAAACCACCAUCUUUCCUGAGGCUACACAGCCCCCUGUUACUGUUACUGGGAGUGAUCGUACAACUAUGAGUGACCAUACAACACACCAAUUCCCUACAACCAAAAGAGACCAUACUACAAUGAGAGUCCAUACAAUGAGUGAUCAUUUAACCACUGGAGACCACACUGUAGCAAGGGACCACACCACUGUCAGAGACCAUACAACAGUGCCUUUUGGUUCACAGUCACCCAUAUCCACUGCCAUCCCCUCUAUUAUCUAUCAGGGUGUCACUGACCAGCAGGUUAUGAUCAUCACCUCAACCAGCAGCCAAACCAAAACUAACCAGACCCCCACCAUGGUGCUGCGUGGUACAAAACCAGCAACAAGCCCAGUUAUCAUAUUUACAGAAGAGGCCAUAGAUGAGGACGAACUGUUCUCUACUGUUGUGGACAGCAUGACCACAACCCCUGAGAUUAUCACUAAAGAUGACACAAUAAUUGAUGCUGAUACUGUGACAAUGGUGGACCCCUCCUCACAAUUCCACCCCACCAUAUUUGCAGAGGAAGCAGGGGGAGUAACAGACCUUACCAUGACACCACACUCCUCAAUUGCAAUGACAGAGGAACCUGAAGGGUCUGGGCCCGAUUACUACUUGUCUUCCACAAUUGACCCACCGAGUCUGGCUACAACACAUAUUCCGUCAGUCACCUCCGUAAAUAUAUCUGAAGAGGCAAGUGCUGAGACGACAAGCAGCUCUACAAAAGUUGAAGGUUCAGAGACUGUAAUAACAACCACCACAUCAUCUGUAGAGUAUGUUGAGGCAUCUAGUUCAGAGGUCAUGUCCACUGUAGCUCAAACCACUCAAGCCACAACUGUUUUCACAGAGUCCAGCUCUCAGACGGCCUUCACCACAUCAUAUAUAUUUGUUAAUGAGUUUUCCAGAGAUGGUGUCACGGAAGAGCAGUCCAAUACAGAGACUACUCCUUCUGCCCCUGUAUCAUCCCAUGCAUCAACUCACCCCAUAGAUGCAAGCACACAGACCACAGUUAGCAGUGAGGAUGAUGAAUCCCUGACAGAUGAGAUGGAAUUAUCCACCACCCCUUCUCCUACUACUAUUGAAUCUGCAGGAGAAGGCCCUUCUGAUGAGGAUUCUGAAGUGGAGAACACAACAACUUUAUCUAGUUCCAAGCAAGCCACCGUGGUGUCUUUGACUGCUACACAACAGACGUCAGUGUCAACUGAGGAAGACAGAGAGACUGUGAAAUCAACCCGUCCACUGCCUGUUGAUGAGUUUUCUGGAGAUGACAAUUCUGAAGGCUCUGGAACCUCCGCCUCUGUAGAGGAGACCUCCCAAACCACAACUCCCACCCCAGACACGAGCUCAACAGCUACUGAGAAGGGUGAAGUGACAGAGGUUACAACUCCAGCACCUUCAUUCUCAGAGGAGGGCAUCUCUGGGGAGGAAAUGACAACUUGGACACCCAAACUCUCUGAAACCACAUCCUCUCUGUAUAGCACAGAUAAAUCAUCAGUUGCUUCCACUUCCAAUUUAACCUCCACAGAUGAAGAACGCUCUAGUGACCAGACCCCUGAUAUGUUUACCAAAGACUCUGUGACUACAGUUUCUUCCCUGGAUAGCACUAAGAAACCUACUACAGCGUCACAGGAGACUGCAACAGCAGAGAGUGAAAAGACUGCUACAGCUACAGUUUCUUCUCUCUUUAGCACUGAGAAACCAUUACAAGUAACAACAAACUCACAUGAAACUGUAACAGAUGAGACUACAAGGACUGCUACGACUUCCGCUUCUUCUCUGUAUAGCGCAGAGAAACCAUCAGUUGUGUCCAUUUCAGAAAUAACCUCCAUGCAUGAAGAGAGCACUGAUGACCUGACCCCUGAAACGUUUUCCAAAGAGUCUGUUACUGUAAGUGAACAAAUUACAGCCACAACUACAGUUUCUUCUCUGUUUAGCACUGAGAAACCAGGACAAGUAAUAACAUCGUCAAAUGAAACUGUGACAGAUGAGACUGCAAGGACUGCUAUAACUUCAGCUUCUUCUCUCUACAGCACUGAGAAACAUUCAGUUGCUUCCAUUUCGGAUAUAGCCCCCGCAGAUGAAGAGAGCUCAGGUGAGCUGACCCCUGAUAUGUUUGCCAAAGAGUCUGCAACUACCACAGUUUCUCCAUUUGACAGUACUGUCAAAUUGGAGCAGGUAACAGCCACAACAAUGUCACCUGAAAAAUCAAUAGCAGAGAGUGAAAAGACUACAUCUACCACAGUGUCGUCUCUGUUUAGCACUGAGAACACAGAGAAAGCUUACUCCCAGCUGAGUUUGUCUGUCCAUUCCACUGUUGAGCCAUCUGUAAUGCCCGAUGUGGUGGUCCAGUUUGUCACAACCUUUGUCCCCGAGGUGGACAUGACAAUGUCUGGGAAAUCUUUCCAUCAGGCCAGGUCUGAGAUUGAAUUUACCCAACAUCCUCUCACUGACAUCUCAUCUGAAAAAACUGCAGAGGCCACCACGAGUCCCAUGUUGCUUGAGGUAGAUUCAAGGGACUCCAUUGACACUGUAACCACACCUGCACAGGGCUCAGAAUCACCUUUUGUUGCCACAGCUUCUACAGCAAUACCAUUUAAAUCAGAAGUUGAAUCUUCAAGCCAGGGACUUACAACAGAGAGAGUUUCUACUGAUACAGAGGUCAGCUCAGAACAGGACAGUGAGGUCAACAGGACUUGCACUCCCACCAGUAUCUCUAUAAAGGAGGAAGCGACCGGGUAUAUUGUUACUUCUCUAGUCACGGACAUUGCCACUGCAGUGUACAGUACACCUGCUUCCGCUGUGGUCACAUCUGCUUUGCCAGACAUUGAGGAAGAGGCGGACCAUGAAAAUAUUCCAGAUCUGUCACAGGUUGAAUCUGAACCUGCUCUUCAAACAACCACAAAACCAGAGGGAGAACCUACAGCUGUCAGCACUGCCUCUGACACAAGUUCAGUCCUCACUUCCAUCGAUGAAGAGAUCUCAGGUGAUCAGAAACCUGCCAUGUUUACCAAAAAGUAUGCAACUACAACAACUACAGUUAUUUCUCUGUUUAGCUCAGAGAAACUCACAACAUUAUUACAGGAUUCGGUAACAACAGAGACUGAAGGCACAUACCAAACCGAGGGACCAGCAAUUACUCCUGUUAUUGAUGAGGCAGAGACGAGCCCAGUCCUACAUGUAAUGACAACAGCAAAAUCACCAGAUGCGAGUGCUGCUAUUGAUCAGACCACAAAAGCAUCAGACUCUGAGGAGUCUUUUACUCCAGGUGUUGAUGACACAGAAACAGGUUCAGUAGAAGGGGCAACUCCAAUGACCACCCAGGAGUCUCUUGAAACAGAAGCUCAUGUGCACAGUAGCACAGCCAAGCCAUUGCAGACAUCCACAUCACCAGUCUCUGAAUAUGCGAGUGCCCUCACCUCUGCUAAAAUAACUGGUGAGAGUGAAGAAACAGAACAGACAGAAUCAACCAGCACAGAACAGCCAUCAGACAUUCCCAGUUCAAUGAAAAGCACUGUGAUCUCAGUCCUACCUGAUACACAUGAGGAGAGUUCAGGUGACCAGACUCCUGAUAUGUUUACCAAAGAGUCGGUCACAACUUUAGCUUCAUUGCUGUAUAGCACUGGGAAACCUACUAUAUCUUCACAUGCAACUGUAACAGCAGAGACUGAAGUCACAGAAGAAACAGAGAGGCCAUCGGGCUCAAAACAGCCGUCAUCUACUCCUGUUAUUGAUGAGACGGAGACAAGCCCAGUCCUCUCCUCUACAGACAAAAGUAGUUCAGGUGAUCAAACCCCAGCUAUGUCUACCAAAGAGUCUGCCACUGAACAAGUGACAACCACAGCAAUGCCACACGUAAUGACCACAAGAGCAGAUAGUGAAAAGAUGGCAACUACAAAAGUGUCUUCUCUGUACAGCACAGAGAAACCCGACUCAAUGAGUGACCUCGCCUCUGCUGAAAUAACUGCUGAAAGUGAAGAAACUAAACAGACGGAAUCAACAAGCAUAGAACAGCCACCGGGUGUUUCCAGUUCAAUGGAAAACACUGUGAGCUCAGUCCUAUCUGAUACAGAUGAGGAGAGCUCAGGUGACCAGACUCCUCAUAUGUUUACCAAAGACUCACCAACUACUACAGUUUCUUCUAUGUAUAGCACUGAGAAAGCUACAACAUCUUCACAGGAAUCUGUAACAGCAGAGAGUGAAGUCACUGAGCAAACAGAGAGACCAGCAGGCUCUGACAAACCGUCAGUUAUUGAUGAUACUGAAAGCAACUCCGUCUUACCUUCUGCAGAUGACAAGAGCUCAGGGGACCAGACAAGUGAGAGUUUCACCACAGAUGGUUUUGCACCAGAAGCUCCUCUCCUGGCUAGUACAGCCCCUCCAAUUGUCUCUGUCCAUUCCACUAAGGUGACAACGGAGGCCAAUGUGAUGAUCCAGUUUGUCGCAACAUUUUCCCCCAAACCAGACUUGACAACACCUGAGGCUUUGCUCCAAGAGGGCCUGUCUGAGAUUGCAUUUACCCAUCGUUCCCAACCGGACAUAUUUUCUGAGGAAACGGCAAUGCCCACAACCAGACCCAUGCUGCCUGAGGAAGAUUCAAGCCAGUCUGUUGACACUUUAACAACACCCGCUCAGAGCUCUGAAUCAAAUUGUGUCUCCACUGCCUCUCCAGUGAAGACUGGUGCUGUACCAUCUACAUCAGAGGAAGAGGAACAGGUUGAAGCUUCAAGCCAGGUACCUACAACAGAGGAUGCUUCUCCUGGUUCAGAGGGCAGCUCCGAACAAGAGGCCGAGGUCAAAGAAACAGACAUUUCUGCCAUUGGCUCUCCUCUAACCGAGAAAGUGUUAGAAACUAAAGUGUAUAGAACACCCACGACAGACGUUGAUGAAGAAGUGGACUAUGAGAGUAUUACAGAGCCCUUACAGGUUGAGUCAAAACCUUCCCUCAUUGAAACCACCACAACACCUGAGGUAGAAGCGACCACGCUCAGCAGUGUCCCAACGGAGGCUCAGAAGAUUGAGCGUGCGUCAUCAAGUUCAGAGAGCAGUUCAUCGAGCAGCUCGGAGGAAGUGUCAAACCCGUCUGUGACUCAGUCAGCAUUGACCUCCUCCAGCUCUGAAAGCAGCUCAGGAAGCGGCUUGGAGAAAAAGGUGACCAUAGUUUCCCCUGUGAAGCCGGAGAGUGACACAGCAGAGGAGACCACCCCAUCCCUCUCUGUUACUCAGGCAGAACUUGCAACCGCCAUCACUGAUUCACCCUCUCUCACGCAUCCUAGGGCUGAAAUUGAGUCAGCGGGUUCUGAGAGCAGUCCCGAAGGAAAGACGGCUUCUGAAGUUGUUACUCCUGCCACUAAGAUGCCAAUGUGGGAAAUGCCAGAGUACACAACUGUAUCGCCAGCUGAAACACAGAGCCAGACAGAAUCGGUCUCUAUGAUCCAAAGCACUCCUUCAUCUGUGUCUGAGGAGGAGGAAAGUGUGGACUAUGAUAAUGUAUCAGGACCUACAUUAGUCGAGGGUGAACCCCCCAUCAAGGUAGUGGAAACUAUCACUUCAGCUGAGACUGGAAUGGAUUUGGGCCAGAUGACUGUUGUUGAGAUUGCAGGCAUCCACUCCUGCACUGAGAACAUUUGUCUGAACGGGGGCUCUUGUUACAGAAGCGGACGUUUCCAAUCUUGCAGCUGUGCCCCUGGCUACAGUGGGGAUCGUUGUGAAACAGACAUUGAUGAAUGUCAAUCCAACCCCUGUCGCAAUGGAGGUACCUGCAUUGACGGCCUGAAUUCCUUCACCUGUGUUUGCCUCCCAAGCUAUGCUGGAUUGUAUUGUGAUGAAGACACUCAGGCGUGUGACUACGGCUGGCAUAAGUUCCAGGGACACUGCUACAAGUACAUCCCCCAGAGGAGGAACUGGGAUACAGCGGAGAAGGAGUGUCGGGUACAGGGGGCACACCUCACCAGCAUUCUCUCCCAUGAUGAGCAGCAGUUUGUCAACCGUCUUGGACAGGACUACCAAUGGAUCGGCCUGAACGAUAAGAUGUACGAUAAUGACUUCCGCUGGACCGACAGCAUGCCCAUGCAAUACGAAAACUGGCGCCCCAACCAGCCGGACAGUUUCUUCUCAUCUGGAGAGGACUGUGUGGUGAUGAUCUGGCACGAGGACGGCCAGUGGAACGAUGUGCCCUGUAAUUAUCACCUCACCUUCACCUGCAAGAAAGGCACAGCCAUCCAUUCUUCCAUCUACCCCUGUGUGUUCUCCUCAGUGGCCUGUAAUCAGCCCCCUCUGGUGCAGAAUGCUCAGACCUUCGGCAGGAAGAGGUCACGCUAUGAGAUCAAUGCUCUGGUGAGGUAUCAGUGUAAGGGCGGCUUCAUCCAGAGGCAUGUGCCAACCAUCCGUUGCCGUGGAGAUGGCCGAUGGGACAUCCCCAAAAUUGCUUGCAUGAGUCCAUCAAACUCCCAACGGGCAUUCUCAAGGAGGCACCAGAACUACAGCCUGUUCAGCAGUAAUAACUACAAGUGGCGGUCCGAUGAGGCAGAGGCCCGACACCGUCCUCACCAUCGAGGAAGGAGAUUGAGGAGAUCAGUGAACAGGCGAAACAGAAGACAGUGAUCGCCGUGGUUAGGCUAGGUUGCGCCUGCUCACAAUCUGCACAAUAGGAAUGCAUGACUGUCACUCAUGUGGAGAUGUUUUUUUUUUUACGAAUGAAAAAAGAAAAAUACAUUUGAACAAAAAAGGAACAAAAAAAAACAAACCCAAAGGAAAUGUGAAAUUUUCUUACCAUUUUGAUGGAAUCUUGGAAUGAAGUGCCUUUUCAAAAAAUAUUCUGAUAUAGGGACACUAAUUUAUAACAACGCCAAAGUGGAUACCUUCCACUGGCUACUGGAAAUUAAAGAAAAAGAACCUCUCAUGAGUGUGCUGGGGAAGAACUUCGAACCAAAUAGUGCAUUCAUUAGACAGUCCUCUAUUUUACACAGACUGAAGAUUGUUCAACUCUUACAUGGUGAAAAAGAUACAGGCAAAUACCAGCUUUUGUGAAAUUAUUGCGCUUGUGUUAUGCAAAAGAAUUCAAAACAUUUUCAAAUAGUCUGUGCUACACAGCUCCUAACGCUCAAAUGAAUCCACAGUAACCAAUACAUCUCCCAUUAAGGUCCUCUCCAUAAUCCGGAAAUACAAUUUCAAAGAAAGAGGAUCUAUCCUUGGGUUUAACAUCAAAAGAGCUCCUGUUGUUAAACAUGAUUACUCUAUGUAUUUUAUGCCGUUUUUCAUCCAAGAUUUCAUCUUUACCAGAGGAACGGAGCAGGCCCUGAGACUAUUGGAUGGCACACAUCACUGACCAAUCAGAUUUCAGAUCACUGAAAGAGAAAAGAAACAUGGGGGAUGCCGAGCCAAUCAAUUUAGAGUGCUUGUGAGGUCAGCUUUGAACAAAUAACCAGUUCCUUAUCAUCAGCUGCAGCCUUCAUCCCGUCUCAUCCGUGUGUUGUAAAGAUAAAUAUACAGUUGAAGUCGGAAGUUUAAAUAAACCAUAGCCAAAUACAUUUAAACUAUGUUUUUCACAAUU